AUCAGCCAUAAAAAAAAUUAACGAGCUAUUUUUAAUUUUGAUGGAUAUUGUAACACUUUAGGCAAAUCCCACUUCAACAAAGCACGGGAGAGAUCCAUGAUUCAUAAGUAGGAAACCAGUUUUAACUAAAAAGACGAGUUUUGGGGUGUAAUGGAGAAGUUCUUGUGAGAACUCCGAAGUUUCACGUGCUCACUGUGGAGUACAACAAGGAUGGGUGACCUUAUGGGAAGUCACCUUGAAUUGCACCCCAAGUUGAAACCGUGAGGGUGUGGGCCCAAAGCCGACAAUAUCUUUGUCGGGAAAAGGUUCGGGAUGUUACAAGUGGUAUCAGAGCUCUUCGCGUCCCUCUUGAACGAUGGUGGGGCAAACCUCAACGAGGGCGUUGAGUCCCAAGGAGGGGGGGUGUAUGUAACACCUUAGGCAAAUUCCACAUCGGCAAAGUAUGGGAGAGAUCCAUGGUUCAUAAGUAGGAAACCAUCUUUAACUAAAAAGACGCGUUUCGGGGUCUAAUAUAGGAGUUCUUGUGAGAACUUUGAAGUUAAACGUGCUCAGUGUGGAGUACAACAAGGAUGAGUGACCUUAUCGGAAGUCACCUUGAAUUGCACCCCAAGUUGAAAACGUGAGGGUGUGGGCCCAAAGUGGACAAUAUCUUUGUCGGGAAAAAGUUCGGGAUGUUACAGAUACUGAAUGACAAAAAAAAAAAACUGGGGCAAUUGGAGAAAGAAACACCAUACUAGCAAAUCCAUCCUAGUUAGAAAACCACCUCUUUUGUUGGAGUCCUAGGUGGUAUAUAAAUUGUCGACAUUACACCUAUUCAGUUUUUUUUCCUUGGCAUGUACGUGAGUUUUAUUUUUACAUUGGAAUGAGAAGAUAAGUUAGAGUGUUGUUAUUUGUUAAGCCCUAAGUUAUACAAUUUUUCUUCGAUCAGAUUUGAUAAGUGGAAUUAUCAGAAAAAGGUUACAAAUGCUCUUCAUGCACACAUUCAUGGUGAACUCGGUGACAACAUCGACCACCUUAUUAGCUUGUUUUAAGAAGUGACUCAAAAAUAUUAUCAAGGUGGACCAAGAUAUGUAUGUAUGACCGUCAUCGAGAAGUGCCCCGAAGGAUAGAAGACAAAUUUGGAGGCUAAAUAACAUGUUUGGUCACUCAUUUUAUUAAUUUCUUUCAUAUAUACCUCUAACAAAGUUAUAUUGCAAUAAUGCUUAUUAACUCUACAUUUUUGUUUAACCACUGGUUACUCUCCGCCAAACUCCGUUAACUUUGUCCGAUGUAGCAUUCAACUAUCAUAUUUGACACGUUAAAUAAGUGAGGUGUCAAUUAUAGAAAGAAAAAUUUUCUAACUCAUCUUUCCCCCACCACGAUGGAAUUCAACUCCUCGUCAUACCACUAUUAUAUGCUUUAAUAAUCAUCUUCAAUUCCCGAUUGUCCUCUGAAGACCGAUUUCCUCGCCCGAUCUAUGCCAACAAUGCCCUGAGAUUAGGUUUCUGAUACGAGAUUUCAGUAAUUCGGGCUUAAUUGUACACUUUUUACCCUUGGUUUCCUUAGUCGUUUGAGACAUUUUUAUUCUGAAUGGUUUGGUUUUACGUUGGGUUUUGUCUCGUUUUUGUUUUAGUCUAUAGCAGGAGGAACCAACCCCAGAUUCGAAAGUUGGACGAAAAGGCGCAAAAUCGGGUCAAAUGAUGGAGGCAGUAGCAGAUCAUGGUAGAAGCAGUGAGUUCACGGUCAGGGAGACCAUGAACUGGUGCCGCAAACCGUGAACCGCCAGGCGUCGAGAGCCAUUUUGGUUCUCACUGGACUCAAGCCAGUUCACGGUCGUAAGACCAUGAACUGAGUUAGUGAUGUGGCCCGUUUUGGCCCGAGAUCUUGGUCCCGCCUUGAGUUCACGGUUGUGAACUGGGCCGUGAUUUGAGCCCGACCUGGGUAUAAAAGGGGGUUUGAGCUGAAGGAAAAAUGAGAGGAGACCUUGAGUGAGAAAACCUUCUUCUUCAACAUUCUAGAGAGAGAAAGUGAUGAGCCAGAAGAGAGAAGAAGCUAGGGUUUCAUUCCAAGGCAAGGAUUUGGGAAAAUCUUCCCCAAAGGAAGAUCUCUUCUACACAAGGAAGGAUUCAAGCAUCUCCAUGAUAGGUUUGAAAGGUCAAGCUAGUGACGUUACACUAGCGCUUGUUGGGAGGCAACCCAACAACAGUUUGUUUUCUUUUCCUUUUUUUUUUGUUCUUUUGUUUGUGUGAAGAGUUCAAGUGUUAAAAAGGAUAUCACCAUGGAAGGUAUGUGUGUUUGCGUGUUUUGGGAUGUAUUGUGAUUGAAUUAGAGGCAGGAUUGAGUAGAUCGAGUCAAAUUUUUGGAAAGGCCUUGUGUUCAUUCAGUUCACGGUUCCUGCUUUCAGUUCACAAUCUUAGCGACCGUGAUAAAAAGGUGGAGACCGUGAACGAGGGUGGAUCCAGCAGUCUUUGAAACUCACUGUUUCACCCGAGUUCACGGUCUUAGCGACCGUGAACUGACACCUCCGUCUGUGAACUGCGGGUUCGGCCUAUAACAGGGGCGUGAACCCCUAAUCUUCACAUCCCGCCGCCACCUCGUCGGAAUCCUCUGUUUUCGUCGGAAUCCCCCUUUCCAUCAAUUUUGGCGACUUCUGGUCAUCCAUUUUCUAAACCAAACACAAACCCAUUCUCCUCACUUUCGGGAGCACCUUCGCCAUAAAUUUGGGGCGAUUUGGAGCACAUUCUUUCCGGCGAGGUGAUUUCCGGCGAGCUUUAGACGAAGCUCCGGCAAGCCUGUCCAACCGUUUUUCCUGGCAUUUUCCUAAUCCCCCCCCCCCCCCUCUCUUCACCUUCCCCUUUGAUCCUACUUGAGUCUUCGGGGUGUGUUUUCAACUUUUAACUUGUUAAUUCGUGGAGAAUCGGAUUAGGGUUUUAGGUGAGGGGAAAUUUGAAAUUUAGUGAAUGAAUGUUGAAAUUAGGCGAGGGCAAUAUCAUAUUGGGUCGAUUGAAUGUUGCAUGAAGUGUUGAUUAAGUUAGUUGAGCCUUGGUGGGAAGAAUUUGGCAUGAUUUUGCGGUUUGGAUUGAGAAUUCCCACCAAGUGUAGUAUAAGGAUAAUGACUUGAUACACUUGUUUGCAUGAUGGUUGAGAACCAUUGAGGCAUGGUUUGGGUUGUUGUAUUAAUUUGGCUGAACCAUGAUUCACCCAGAACCAUGUCUCAAUGAGCUUAAUUGUUUGAAAUUCAUUCUCUUGAAGGCCUUCAAAGGGAUAGGACCUUAGUGGAAUCCUAAGUGUGGGGGGUAUUUUCUCCCCUUUGAUGUGAGAUUGGCAGAUAUAUUCCACGUAUGGUGUAUGUCUUGGAUGUUAUGAAGGAUGGUUGAUGCGGAUCACACGUAUGUUCACUACCUGGUGAACCACGAGAAAUAUGGUACAAGUUCCAACAGUGGAGGUACAACGAGGCGGGGCCUCAUUGGGUGUUGGACCUGGACAUGUUCAACCUGUUCAGGUGUCGGGCGGCGAUGUCGAAGGUCCUCAAUCAUCCCUAGUAACAUCAUCUCCUGGCAUUGACAAGCUCAUUUACCGCAAGCUCUGCGUGGAGUUCUAAUCCACCUUCUCUCACGUCAUCCAAUGGAGCAAGCGCAGCCACCCGUACGUGGAGUUCAUGUUGGAGGGUGAGCAGCAUGUAUUGUCUUAUGAUGGCUUUGUCCAUGCCAUGGGGCUCGUCCCCACACACAUGACGAUGACAGAGACACAGUACACAGCAGACUUCCACUACCUGGAAGCCUACCAGGCCAUCUGCCGCCCAGAGCACCACGACGAUGAGUUCAAGGACUCCAACACCAAUGCAGUGAAGCUUCGGAAGCCGUGGAGGAUCCUGCACACACUUCUAACAAAGUCUAUCAUCCCCAGUCUGAUGUCGGGUCACAUGAUCAAUACAGAGGAUUGAUAGCCCUCCAUAUCCUAAACUGCCCAGUAGAACCACUCCAUCUAGGAUCAGUGGUUGCCACCACCUUUGCCAGAUGCCAGGGGUGGGAUCGAGUUGAUACAAUGCAUUAUUUGGGGGCAUCAUCACGAGGCUAGCCCGACACUUCGGGGUUGAUGUGACGAGGUGCUCCAUCAUCAGCCGGAUUGAGCCAUUUCCCGUGGAGACGCUCUACAACAUGAAGUUGGUGCUCCAGGGAGAGGGAGGGAUUGAUCUAGAGGUCCCUCUGCCGGAGCAGCCGCCUACCUAGGCUCUAGGCCGCCAAUGACAUACCGCACCACCAUCAUCAGCAGCAUCAUCAUCAUCCGGAGCCGGUCUUUCCUCCUCUGUAGCCCACCUCGAGUAGUGUGUGGAUCGCCUCGAGGAGUAGUUUUUGGGAGUCACCACUCAGCUCGAAUGAUCCACCGACCUCCUAGAGAGGAUUGCUCGAUGCCAGGGCGUGCUUUCGGACGAGGAGCAGUGACCUUGGAUCCACAACGAGGUAGUGGCAGAACCGAUUUCUUCUGCCCCACUUCUCCACUUGAAACCCUGAACCCUGUUUAUUUUUAUUUUUUUCUUUCUUUAGUGUGUGAACUAGUAUUUUGUGAAUUUUUCUUUCCUUUGAAUCGUGAUGUGGAACUUUGUUAUGUGUAAUAACCUCGCCUCGAGCGAGAAUGCACGUGUGUUUUGUUUUGUCUUCUCUUUAAAGCUCAAACAUCCUACCCCAGAAAUUGUCCAACUUUCAUUCACCAAGCCAUGCGUUAACAUCGUUCUACCCCUUAUUUUACUCCAUUGACGACAAUGUCGAGCUUAAGUGUGUUGUGGGGGGGGGAGUUUAUUAUUAUGCUUGCGUGCGUGAAUGAAUGCUUGGAGCCUUGAUGUAUGCCCAAAUUUGAAAAUUUUGAGGGCUCCAAGCAAUGCAUGAUCAAAAUGGCCGGUUGGUGGGUGAAUCUCGUGUUUAUUUGGCAUUGAUCUUGAAUUGUUUCAUGUGAUCGAGUGCAUCCUAUCAUGAUGACUGAGAGUUGCAUAAGGUGUGUGCAAACGUUUAGUUCUCAUGUGUGCUUAAAUGAAUGGAUGUCUUGACUUGGUUACUCUUCGAUCACAAUUGCCUUGCAUAGAAGUUCGUGAAAUUGGAAUAGAUGAUUGGGUGUAUGGGUGUUCAAACGGAUUGGUUACCGUGGUAACCAUACUAACCGGUAAUUUGGUUUGGUUAAUUUGGAUAAUUGAUCUGGUUUGGUUAAACAAUUUAGCUUAUUUGGUUUAGGUGGUUUGGUUUGGUUUCAACACUGCUAACCAAUGAAACUAAUUAACCAAUUAAUGAUACACCUAAUAUACAAAAUAAUUUAUACUUCCAUGCAACCAACCAAACCAAACUUUCCUGAUUCCCUUUUUUAUUUCCAUGUGCACAACAAACCAAAGCAUUAUCGGUCAAAAAUUAAAUGGGCCUGCCUAUUUACUAAACCAAAACAUUAUGGACAACUAAUAGACUUUAGGAUUACGU